AUGAGUUCAAGAGUAAGAUUCAUCGAUCUUGUGCGCCCAGUUAUGGGUCUACUUCCUGAAGUUGAGCAGCCAUUGAAAAAGCAACAAUUCAAUGACAAGCUCAUCUGGACAUCAAUUACCCUCUUCAUCUAUCUUAUCUGCUGCUAGAUUCCCCUCUACGGUAUUGCAAGAUAAGAGGGAGCUGAUCCACUCUAUUGGUUGAGAGUCAUUCUUGCCUCAAACAAGGGUACUCUCAUGGAGCUCGGUAUUUCCCCAAUCAUCACUUCAGGUAUGAUCAUGCAACUCCUUGCUGGUGCAAAGAUCAUUGAAGUUAACCAAUCAUCAAAAGAAGAUAGAGAUCUUUUCCAAGCUGCUCAAAAGCUUUUCGGUCUUAUCAUUACUCUUGGAGAGGCCUUCGCCUAUUUACUAUCAGGAAUGUAUGGAGAACUUUCAGACCUUGGUGCUUUCAACGCCAUUCUUAUUAUUCUCCAAUUAUUCAUUGCUGGUAUCAUUGUUAUCCUUCUUGAUGAGCUCUUGCAAAAGGGUUACGGUCUUGGUUCAGGUAUCUCACUUUUCAUUGCCACAAACAUUUGCGAAAAUAUUCUCUGGAAGAGUUUCUCACCAAUCACAAUCAGAACUGAACAAGGAACUGAAUUUGAAGGUGCUAUCAUUGCUCUUUUCCACUUCUUACUUACCAAGAGCAACAAGCUAUACGCCUUAUAGUAUGCUUUCUACAGACAAAAUGCACCAAACCUUUCAAACCUCCUUGCUACCGUCCUUAUCGUGCUUAUUGUUAUUUACUUCUAGGGAUUCAGAGUUGAACUCUAAGUUAGCAGCAGAAAGAUGAAGGGUUACAAACAACCAUACCCAAUCAAGUUGUUCUAUACCUCAAACAUCCCAAUCAUUCUCCAGACUGCAUUCGUGUCUAACCUCUAUUUCUUCUCACAGAUCCUUUCAAAGAAAUUCAAGGGAAAUUUCAUCAUUAACCUUCUUGGAAAAUGGCAAGAAUAUGAUAUGGCUGGACACUCAGCUCCAGUUGGUGGUCUCGCUUACUAUAUCAGUCCACCUCGUGAUUUCGUUGAUAUUGUCAGAGAUCCAUUCCACACUCUCUUCUACAUGCUCUUCGUGCUUGCCUCUUGCGCCAUCUUCUCCAAAAUUUGGAUUGAUGUCUCAGGAAGCAGUGCCAAAGAUGUUGCCAAGCAACUUAUGGAGCAAGACAUGAUCAUUGAGGGUAUGAGAGAGGAAUCAAUGGUUAGAUACCUCAACAGAUACAUCCCAACUGCAGCUGCCUUUGGUGGUAUGUGUAUUGGUGGUCUUUCAAUCAUCGCUGACUUUAUGGGUGCAAUUGGUUCAGGUACUGGUAUUCUCUUGGCUGUAACCAUAAUCUAUCAAUACUUCGAAAUGAUUGCCAAAGAAAAGGAAAGAGGAGCUGAAACCUUUAUUUUCUGA